CGUCUGCGCCGCCACUCCCUGCCACAGACCCUGCCUGCUGCAGCAAAACAACCUGGUUACACUCAGCAUGCCUUGUUCAAACAAGCCAGCUUUCUAGUAACCCAGAUAGAGAAGGGCAGAAAGCUGGUGACUUUUAUUCAUGUGUCCAAACCCACACUUUGCAGCUGUUUCCUCUGCUGAAUGCUGACGGUCUGAGGGGCAGUCGGGUCGUGUUGUGAGUCAGUGUCAUCUGAGGGCAAUCUGUGAGUCCUGGAGACGCGAUAGUAACCUGUAGGGCGGCAACAUUGAAUGGACACAAUAUGGGGUCAGAUGAGGCCUACAACUUAGUCUUUAAGGUGGUUCUAAUAGGAGAAUCGGGCGUAGGAAAGAGCAAUCUGCUGGGCCGCUUCACCAAAAAUGAGUUCAACCACGACAGUCGCACAACCAUCGGGGUGGAGUUCAGUUCACGGACGGUGCAGCUUGGAGGUUUCGCCAUCAAGGCCCAGAUCUGGGACACAGCCGGGCUGGAGAGAUACAGAGCCAUCACCUCUGCGUAUUACAGAGGUGCAGUUGGAGCCUUGCUGGUCUAUGACAUCACCAAACACCUGACUUAUGAGAGCGUGGAGCGAUGGCUGAAGGAGCUGUACGAACAUGCUGAUCCCAACAUUGUGGUGAUGCUGGUGGGCAACAAGUCUGACCUGGAGCCCGAGAGGUCUGUGCCCACUGAGGAGGCUCAAGACUUUGCAGAAAAGAAUGGUCUUUUGUUUCUGGAGACCUCGGCUUUGGCAUCAACCAAUGUGGAGGCAGCAUUCAACAAUGUCCUGGAAGAGAUCCGCAGGAAGGGGGGCAGUAAGCAAAUAAGUCGCAGCUCUAUCAGUGCUGUGUCUUUGAACAACUCCAGCUCAGGAAACACAGAGGAGAGUAGGCCCUGUUGCAGAAACGUCUGAUCACAAGGACCUUCAGGAGACCAGGGGACUCAGGGGUGCCGAACUCCUCCUUCACCCACAAUGCUUUGCUAGAGCUUGAAGAUUAUGGGGAUGAUAUGGCAACACUGGGUGCCAAUGUUAACUUGGAAAAGACUGAUACAACGGUUUCACAAAUUGCAUGCUGGUGAUGUAUUAAAAAGAGGAUUCAUAUAUGUGAAUGAAUGUAUCUGGAUAAACAUUAACUUUGAAGAGUCCCUGCUGACUAUUGAACAUAGGUCAAAAGUAAACACAUAACUGUGCUACUUGUAAGGUGAUAUAUUUAUGAUCCAUGCAAAUAUUUGGAAAUAUUUUAAAUGUGCAUUAUUCAUGACAACAGAUUGAGGGCAUGUUUUGUUUGUGCAGAUGAUGAGUCUUCCUGUGCUUGUACUCCAGCUGAUGACGUUAAGAGGAGUCUGAUUUAUUCGCUGACGUGAAAUUAAAAAGAAUAUGGAGAAA